ACAAUUGAAUAUAAGAAGUCUCUAAUCUUCCAACAAUAGAAGCAUUACAUUUAAUUUUCUUGUAGUUGUAUAGAGGGCUAUUGCGUUUGACAUUCGUUUCACAUUGUACAAAAAUGUUUAUGUGCAGUAUAUAUUUUCAAAGUUUUACAAAUCAUGUAUAACAUGUGAAUAAAAUGAAUUUUUAUGUUCUUAAUAUGAUAGUUUGUUUAUAUAGGUGAACUUCUUAAUAGUUACCUAUAAAUUCAGUAAAGUAUUUUCAAAAGUAUUGUGAAGUAGUAAACUUAACCUCGAAAUUUAAUAAGAGACAAAAAACAUUAAUCAAAAAUUAUAAAAACUUAAUGUAUUCUUUAUAAAAUAAAACUAGAAUCAUUUAUAGAGUUGAUGUACAAAUCUUCAAAAUGAGAAGCCGUAGUAAUUCUGGUGUUCGUUUAGAUUAUUAUCAGCGGAUUGUUCAUAAAAUUAUUAUGAAACAUCAAAAUGCAGUAACAGGACUCUUUCCUGCUAGUCCUGAUAAUGAUCAUGCAUGGGUCCGUGACAAUAUAUAUUGCAUACUUGCAGUAUGGGGCCUUUCAAUGGCAUAUAAAAAAAUAGCUGAUGCAGAUGAAGAUAGAGCCAAAACAUAUGAACUUGAACAGAGUUGUGUAAAGUUAAUGAGAGGUCUAUUGAUGGCAAUGAUGCAACAGAAAGAAAAAGUUGAACAAUUUAAAUCUACUCAAAAUCCACAUGAUUCUUUACAUGCCAAAUAUAGUUCGGUUAGUGGACAAACUGUUGUAGGUGACGCGGAAUGGGGUCAUCUUCAAAUAGAUGCAAUUUCUCUGUAUUUGUUGAUUUUAGCACAAAUGACAGCAUCAGGUUUACAAAUUGUUUUCAAUUUAGACGAGGUUGCAUUCAUUCAAAAUUUAGUAUUUUAUAUCGAAUCAGCCUAUUGUACUCCUGAUUAUGGUAUUUGGGAGAGAGGCGAUAAAACUAAUCAUGGAUUACCAGAAUUAAAUGCUAGCAGUAUUGGAAUGGCGAAAGCUGCAAUGGAGGCAAUGAAUGAACUGGAUUUAUUUGGUGCAAGAGGUGGACCUACCUCUGUAAUUCAUAUAUUGGCAGAUGAGGCACAGAAGUGCCAGGCAGUUUUACAAUCCAUGUUGCCUCGUGAAUCUAAUUCUAAAGAAUUAGAUAGUGGAUUAUUAUCCGUUAUAAGCUUCCCAGCAUUUGCUGUAGAUGAGCCUAGUUUAAUUCAGUUAACAAGAGAUGCUAUUACUAAGAAACUACAAGGACGUUAUGGAUGUAAGAGGUUUUUGAGAGAUGGAUAUAAAACUCCAAAAGAAGAUCCCAAUAGACUUUAUUAUGAACCAUGGGAAUUACGUAUGUUUGAAAACAUAGAAUGCGAAUGGCCUUUGUUUUUUUGUUAUUUGAUCGUGGAUUACUGUUUCCAAGGCAAUAAGGAAGUGGUAGCAGAGUAUUCAAAGCAAUUAGAUGAAAUAAUGAUCAAAACAGAUGAUGGGAUGAAGUUAGUACCUGAAUUAUAUUCUGUAGAACCUGCAAAUGUAUCAGCAGAAUAUGCUGACCCAGGCAGCCAAAAACGAAUUGCGUUAGGUCGAUGUCCAUUUAUGUGGGCUCAAUCCCUUUAUAUAUUAGGAAAAUUACUACAAGAAGGUUUUCUUGCUGUGGGAGAAUUAGAUCCACUAAAUAGACGUUUAUGUAGUGAAAAAAAGCCAGAUGUUGUAGUACAAGUUGUUAUAUUAGCAGAAGACUCUGAAAUCAGAGAAAAAAUAGCUCAGCAUGAUAUUCAUGUUCAAACAAUUGCAGAAGUUUCUCCCAUAGAAGUGCAACCAGCAAAAGUACUUAGUCAUUUAUAUACUUAUUUGGGUCGAAAUAAAAAGUUGGGAUUGUCAGGACGUAAAUCAAGAGAUGUAGGAAUCUUAAGCACCAGUAAAUUAUAUUCCCUACAUGAUAAAAUAUUUGCAUUCACACCACAGAACUUUGAUGCGGAGGAGUACUACACGACAAACGAUGCAGCCCUCCUUGCCAACACUUUUACAACCAACUUGGCCUUCCUCACCAUCAACUGGAAGCAAAUGCUCGGCAGGCCAACUAUAACACUAGUUGCCACUCAUAAUCAUCUAGAUCAAGGAAAGAUACCAUUGGCAAUGAUAACUACCAUGAAAAAAUUAAAGAGUGGUUAUAUCAAUGGUACACGAGUUUCAUUGGGAAAUUUAAGUGACUUUUUAAGCACUUCUUGCAUUACAAAUUUAAGUUUCUUAGGAAGUUCUGAAGAUGGUAAACCAGAUAAACUAAAUCCUCAGGUUCAACAAUAUUUAGAAGAACAUUUGAUGCGUGCAUUUCCUCAUCGCACUGGUCUUCUCAAUAGACCAGUCAUUCGAACAGGAAAGAAUUUGAAGCGCAGAAUGUCUGUGAAAGGUGCCAUAAAGAAAACAAGAUCAAUUGCUGUGGAACCUGAAAUUCUUGGAAUGGCAGGAGAAGAUAGAAGACCUUCCACUAUUUUAAAUACAAAUCCAUUUAUUGAAGUGACAGAUACAACGUUAACUCCAAAUACUGCACCACUAGCUACCGUGGAUCGCACCCCAUCUCCUACGGAUGACAUAUUAUCUUGGACCAAUUCACCAAAACUACAUAGACACAGAGGCAUAGGUGAAACUCAAUAUGCAGAUACUGAAGUUGAAGAAUUAUUAUCUAUGCUUCGAGAAACUGAAAGUUUGGAAGAGCAAGGAGAUAUCUUACAGUAUCUUGUUGAUUCGCAAGGUCUGUACUUCAACACUGGCAUGGUAGAAGAGGGUCAUCCUGUACUGAUAAAAGAUUUAUUGAAAGACCUUUAUGAAAAAGCCUGUCAACAAAAAAUGUGGGGAAUUGUACGUCAUACUGCUGGUAUGCUAGGAAAACGGGUUGAAGAUCUAGCCAAAGCAGUCACUGAUUUGUUAGUACGUCAAAAGCAAGUCACAGUUGGAAUGCCACCAACCAACGAACACACUAUUGUUGCUCCAUUACCAGAAAAUGAACUACGGGCAUUAAUUCACCAAGCAUACGGGGAUGAUGAAUCUACUGCUAUGUUAACACAAGAAUUGCUUGUUUAUUUAGCAAUGUUCAUCCGAACGGAACCACAAUUAUUUCAUGAGAUGCUUAGACUUAGAAUAGGUUUAAUUAUACAAGUUAUGGCUACGGAAUUAUCAAGAACUUUGAUAUGUACUGGAGAAGAAGCAUCUGAACAUUUACUGAAUUUAUCACCGUUUGAGAUGAAGAAUCUUUUACACCAUAUUAUGAGCGGAAAAGAAUUUGCAAUCAGUAGUGUUGGUCGAGGUAAUUUCUCUGUAAUCAGUUGUAAAUCUAGCAGAGUUAGCAAGAAAUCACAAAUUGGAGGUUUCUUAACUGCUGAUCAAGUUGAUGGCGGAGAAGCAGAACCUGAUCGACAAGGUCAGUGGUUACGUCGACGAAGAUUGGAUGGUGCAUUAAAUCGAGUACCGCGAGAUUUUUAUCCCCGAGUAUGGCAAGUUCUGGAACGGUGCCAAGGUUUAGCAAUCGAAGGUAGAGUUCUGCCUCAAAAUCUAACACAGGAGAUGACACCUGGAGAAUUAAAAUUUGCAUUAGCAGUAGAAACUGUUCUAAAUACUAUACCGCAACCAGAGUAUCGUCAGUUGAUAGUUGAAGCUUUGAUGGUGUUAACCUUGGUAACUGAAUAUAAUGUAGUAGCUUCCUUAGGUGGACUCAUCGCUGUUGAACAAUUAGUUCACAAAGCUAAUGCUAUCUUCUUAGAUGAUCAGAUGAAAAUUGAUGGCGACGCGACCCUUUGUUGUGCUAAACCAAAAGAGCAACGAGAAACCACUGCGAUGGGAACCCUUCUUUGUGGUGGAGCAGCAUAUGUUUGUCAACACUUCUAUGACAGUGCUCCGAGCGGUAGUUUUGGAACAAUGACAUACAUUACAAGAGCCAUCGCUUCUUUAUUAAACUGUUUACCAAAGGAUGGUGAUAUAGAAUGUUCAAUAUCAUAAUUAUUUAUUUUUCUAGACAUCAAUUUUAAUUAUACUUAGAAGUGUUCUCGUAAAUCAUACCAUUAUUAACAAUUGAUUGGUAUAUCGAUCAUUAAAAAUCAUGUGACAAAUGCAACAAUAUAUAUGUAUUACUCGGGUUUUGAACUACUAAAAGGAUUCCACUUUAAGCUCCAAGUCGUUGAUCUGCAAAAAUAAGUUGCCAUGAAAUUAUACAAUUUUGUGUAAUUUAUUAAUUAUAUAGAUAAAUAAAUAAAUACAUACUCA